AUGACGAGCGUGGUGUCAAGCGGGAGUGCAGAGGGCGUAUCUGUCCCGGAGGAGGCGAUGCCGGCGGCCGGGUCGCCGCCUUCUGGGUCGACGGGAGGGUUGCACGGGGACCGCGUGGUGCGACGGGUUCCCGUGUACCUGAACAGGAUUGACGAGUCUUCGGAGGUGUCGUUGUUGCAGUGUCCGUUACGGCCGGUGUACCGUCCGUACGGCGACCACGGUCGGUUGGUUUCGAUCGCCCGAGGUGUGGAUUCGAAGAAGCUGCAGAUGAAGUACGAGCUUAACACGGGUGGGCCGCACUAUGACGAGGGGAAGCGGCAGUUGCUGGAGCACCUGCAGGAGUCGAAGCGGACGGGACGUCGUUUGACUCCCGAGGAGGAGGUGCAACUAGAGAGUCUUCGUUUUCACAAACUCUGUUCUACGCGCGGAACGGAUGAGUGUGACUAUGCAAUCGGUCUGGUCCACCGCGGGCGCUUCUUCCUGACGCCGGUUGGACACGUGUUGCAACUGAAGCCGGACUUCAGCCACCUCGACCAAGAGGAGCAACUGGCGGAAAAAAGCGGCAAACAAACCGCAGCCGCACACAACGAAGAGAAGGAACGCACACCGGACAAGGCCACGAGCCCUCUUAGCGCUGACGCUACGGCCCCCGCCGGCGCACCCGCCGGCUUGAGCGCACGUCUCAAGGUCGAAACCCCCGGCCAGAAACGCCGCGCCGCACUCAGCGAGCCCUACCAAGUCGUAGACAGCGUUUUCGACGCAGACAGUCCCGAGACGGCAGACAUCGUGAAGCAACUUGUGACAUUCCCUAUCAGAUAUCGCCAGGAAAUCGAGUCUGAUAUUCAACAGGUCGACAUUGAUGAACUGCUGGGCAUCACUUCCGACAGCCCCCCCGCCCCAGCCCCGCCGAAGCCGAAGUACGAGAUCCGGUCGCGACGUGGUUUCAAGCCGGAGACGAUUCCUCGGAUAAUUUUGGACGGCGAUGUGUCUCGCUAUUAUGAGACGAUAUGCUCUGGAUGCGCUGUGUCGACGCUGGCGGGGACUACGACUCAGUUGGAAGGUCAGGAUGCGGCGACGAGUGCUGGAGUGGGUGUAGGUCCGUUGUCAUUUUUGGCGUUGUCCCGUUUGUCGAUAAAGGAGCAGGUUCGGCGUAUCAUGUCGAUUCGUCAGAUGGAGUAUUUCGCUGACAUUAAACAGUUGGUGACAAGUUCUACGGUAACGGAUGAAGAUCUGGUCAAGUAUUUAGGUGAAGUUGCCAUCCCCAUCCACGGCAUAUGGGUGGCAUCGAGCGAGGUGGCUGUCGCACCUAUAGCCGCGGGGAGUGGACCUAUGGGGAGUGGACUUGCGGGGAGUGGACUUGCGGGGAGUGGACCUGCGGGGAGUGGACGUUAUUAUGAGUUGGAGAAAUUGACGCGAGAUGUGGUGUUGUGUUUAUUUGUCAAGAAACGACCAGUGGAUAGGCAGCAAUUGAAGAAGAUGACGCAGCUGCCAUCUGAGCGAUUGGGUAAAGUUUUGGCCGGACUUUAUAAUGUUGUGGAUGGCAAAUAUGUGCCUCGUCUUAAUCCAGAUCCGGAAUUCAUGCAACGGUAUCCAACACUUUGCGCGGCCGUAGAGACUGAGUGGUCGCCGAAAAGGGCGCAGGAAAUAAUGAAACGAAUCGCAGAAUUCAAUGCAGCCGAAACCUCAAAACGCGCUCACUUCAUGACAGCUGCCGAUGGAGGACGAGUUAUUGAUACAUUGGACUCCACACGCGUGCGCACACUCGUCACCAAUUGCCUUAGCCGCUAUGGUGCCAGCAGUGAAGACUUUGUCCUCGAACAGGUCCGCAACGCGCUGCAAAAAGAUAUCGAACGAGAUAUCAGCGAACAACUCGAAGGUGAAACUAGCUCCAUGGUUCGCAGUAAACUACUCGAGACACAUAACGCCAUGGCUGAAGCCCUCAAGUCUAUGAACUGUUCAGAUAUACGAAUCGUACUCUUACAUUGCGCUAUUAAUUUAGGGGGCUUAUGGGUCCUACAAAAAAUUGGCAACCACCACAUUGACCCCUACCGAGCACUUGUCCUCUCCCUCUACAAACGCGAUAUGGAAGCCGGGAUCACCAAAAAGGACUUCCAUGAAGCCUGCAUCAAACAUCUCAACCGCCAAUGCGACCUCCCUGAUGUCCAGUAUCGAGCCGUCUUCAAGGAAGUUAGCGUCAAUAUUAGCGGUCGUUGGUAUUUUAAAGGUUCCAAGACCGUUCAAGAUGGAAAGAAUGAUGAGGACGAAUAA